AUGCUUACUAACGAAGAAUUAUCUCCCGAUGGUGAUUCAAUAGAUCCAAAAGAACGAAGAUCAGGGUCCUUUACUGAUCGUCUAUCAGUAGGACCAAUUGCUGCUGCAAGUCGUCUUAUGUCUUCUUUAACAAGACAAUCACGUAAUAGUAUUCCAACAAUAUCAAUUGAUAAUAAUGAAAAAUCCUCCACAUCCUCUUCAUUUUUCAAACCACUAACAAAACAUAUAUUACCAAAACGGAAUCGUUCAAUUUCACCAAAAUCUCCAUUAUCUGCACCAAAUUUAUUAAAUACAAGUCCAUUUGCAAUAAAUUCAACUUUAACAAUGCGUAGUUCAUCAACAACUCCGUCCGGUUUAAAUCAUAUAUCAAAAUCUGCAACAACGACAGUUACUUCAAUAGAAUCACCAUCAGAAACAGUUGAUUUAGAUUACAAUUUUGAUGUAACAUAUAAACAAUUAAGUGAAUUAGCAGAAAUUAAUUGUCAUUAUUUUUCUCAACAAACAACUGAUGUAUGUCGACGAUUUGAACGUUUAUUAAUUCAAAUUUUACAUUCACUUGAAUUAUCUGUACCACUUAUUCAAUUGCUAACAGAUAGUUUUCAUUAUUUUGAUUAUAGUCCUGAGAUUCGUGCUAAUGGUUAUCGAACAUUAGUAACAUCACAUGGUCAAGCAUGUUUAAGAACACUCGAUAUACUGCGACAAGUUGAUACAAAACGUGUUGGUCUUUUAUUCAAUCUCAUGUAUUCAUCUCGAUUAUUUCAAGAUUUAGAAUCUUGGACGAAAGUUCUUAUAGGAAUGCAACACCUUCUAUCAUUUGCUGUUAAAAUGAUUAGUUAUUCUGAAAAUAAGAAUCUCUGUAUUGAUGCUGAUAAAGUACCAUUAGAUAUUGAAUUGGAUUAUUUUAAAAUAGUUGCUUUUGAUUCAGAAUAUUUUUUUGGUAGAACAUGUGGAUUUCAAUUUGCACAAUCAAUGCAAACAAUACUUACUUUUCUACUAGCUGGUCUGGCUACUUAUCAUGAGACAUAUAAUCGAUCAAUACCAUUUGCAGCAGCUAGUCUUGCAACUGCACCAAAAUAUCUUUUAUUUCCUGAACAAAGAGCAAAAAAGUGUGCUGCUAUCUUUCGUGAUUGUGAUUAUUUAUUUUGUAAAUCAUUUUGGAAUCUCGUCGAUCAUGAUUAUAUUAAGAUGGGUUCACGUUAUAUUGCUCCAAAUGUAACUGUAUCGAAAUACUUUCAAAUUGGACCUGAACCUAUUGAAAUUGAUUCAAUUAUUGUUCCGCCACCAAGUGCAGGCGCUUCGUCUGAUGAACCAGAAGAACGUGCAGCAGGUAAUAUUGGAGUUGGAUCAGAUAAUCCAACAGGUUCGGGUAGUAAACAACCAAAACAACUGGUUAAUAUUAAAUUAUUAUCAAAUCAAAUACGAGAAGGUAUGAAUGAAUUACCAUUGAAAAAGACGGAUCUGGAAACAUCAUCAACUAAAAUCUCACCAAUGAGUGAUCAACUUCUGAUGCAUGUUCAUGGUGGUGGUUUUAUAGCUACUUCAUCAACAACUCAUGAAGUCUAUUUAAAACCAUGGGCAUUAGGUCUUGACAUACCCAUUGUAUCUGUUGAUUAUUCACUUGCACCUGAAUAUCCAUUUCCUCGUGCUAUUGAAGAAUGUUAUUAUGCGUAUGCAUGGAUUUUAAAGAAUGCAAGUAAACUUGGAUGGACAGGCAAAACAAUUUUAUUAGCUGGUGAUAGUGCUGGUGGAAAUCUAAUAACAAUUGUUACAAUAAAAGCAAUUGAAGCUGGUCUAAGAAAACCAGAUGCAAUUAUUUGUUUUUAUACACCAUUCCUACUUGGAUAUAGCUUAUCACCCUCACGAUUAAUGGCUAUUAUGGAUCCAUUAUUAAAUACAGGUUUUCUUUGGCGUUGUCUUGCUGCAUAUGCUGGUAUUAAAUCUGAUAAUGUACCACCCCGAGAUGAAAUUUCAACGAAAACAAUCAUUAAUAAAACUAAGAAUGAUAAUAAAGAUAUAACUGAUAAUUCAUUUGAAAUUCCUACUGAUAAACAACAAAUGCAUGAGGAUACAUAUUAUGCUCGAUUAACUGAUAUCGUUGGUUCACGUCAAGCAUAUCUUCUACGAAAAUUACGUGAAUCAACAUUACCAAAUCAUCCACACAUGUCACCAUUACGUGCUUCUGAUGACACUCUACGACAAUUUCCUACAACUUAUCUAAUUGGAUGUCAUCUUGAUCCAUUAUUGGAUGAUUCAAUAACAUUUGCUCGUCAUCUUCGUCUAUUAUCUGUUGAACAUCAUUUACCGUGUGCACGUGAUCCAUUUAUUGAUGAUAAUGUUGAAUUUGCACGUCGCUUAUCUUCACUCAAAGUUUCUCAUCAUAUAACCGUAGUCGAUGAAUGGCCACAUGGUUUUCUUGAUUUUGGUUUAGCUUCGAAUGGUAUCGCUCAAUUAAAUAUUGAAAUUAUAAGUAUGCUUCAGAAUAUUAUUCGACAAUCAGAUUUUAAUGCUACCGGUGACGCUACUUCCGUGCCAUCUUUUACAAACUAA